GAUCCUGAGCGCACAUCAACCACAGUGUAUAUCUCCAAAGCUAAAAUCCUACAAAGCACCUGAGCGGUUCUUCGUGCUGUUUCUGUAAUGUUCAAACGUUUUAAGUUUUUUGCAACAGAAAAUUCAAUAUACAUCACGUUUGAGCGGUGCCGUGCUGCAGUCGUCUUCUCGAAGUGAUGUGUGAGCAAGCUCUGGUCCACGUCCCCUCCUCGUUCUACCCGGGUCGUGGUCACCUGACCGCCCUGCACCGGGCCGCCACGGUGGGAAACAGUGACACGAUGGCUGCUCUGAUCCAGGGGGGCUGCGCUGUCGACCUGCAGGACAAAGACGGAAACACGGCGCUGCACGAGGUCUCCUGGCACGGCUUCACUCACUGCGUCAAACUGCUGACCAAGGCAGGAGCUGACGUCCACAUAAGGAAUAAGGCAGGAAACACAGCCCUCCACCUGGCCUGUCAGAACGCACACGCUCAGACCGCUCGCCUCCUGCUGCUCGAAGGAUCCAAACCAGACACCAAGAACAACAUGGGUGACGCGUGUUUGCAUGUUGCUGCUCGUUACAACAACCUGACUCUGGUGAAGAUCCUGCUUAGUUCUCUGUGCUCUGUGACCGAGAGAAACCAGUCAGGGGACACGGCUCUGCAUGUGGCUGCAGCUCUGAACCACAAGAGGACAGUGGAGAUCUUACUGGAGGCGGGGACUGAUGGGAAAAUCAGGAACAAUGCAGGUAAAACAGCUCUGGACAAAGCCAGAGAUAACAACCACAAAGAUGUCGCUCUUCUCCUGGCCAGAGCUCCUCAGGUUCAUCGCUUCAUGAGGAAAACAAUCAAGAAACAAAGAGAGAGACCGAAACCUGAGAGGAGGACUCAGUCUGAGCCCAGGGAGGAAAUGCUACCAAACAAAGACUGCAGCAGUGAACAAACGGGCGUCCAGGUGAGUCCUCGCAGACAGAAGAAACGGAAACAACAAAACCACAAAACCAAAGCUGCUGUCAGCAACCCCUGCAGCCCCCGGCGGAGGAGGAGAGUCAGGGUCCAGGCUGUGAAUGAAGAUGUCGAUCGGAGAAAAACAAAGAAGGACGUCCACGUUAAGAAAGAUCUACUCUGGGAUGAUGAUGAUGAAGUUAGUCCUGCUCUGGAUGGAAAAACGUUCCAGCUUUACUCUCUGUAUCGGGACAAGGACGGAAACAUCAAACAGGCUCCAGCUGAUGGAUGUCAGUGUCAGCCGCUGCUGCAGAAGCUGGAGGUUCAGCUGAAAGCCACACAGGAGGAGAUGAGGCUGCACAUCCUGAACGUCCAGGAGGAGGUCGGCUGCAGGCUGGGACAGAUGGACCGCAGGAACCGACACCAGAUCAAAGUUCUGGACAUGCUGAACCAAGAAAGAGCCGCGGCAGAGAGGAGGAACAUGAUUUACAGGAUCGAACAGAGAGUGGCUCAGGGGAGGGAGGAAACACUGAUGACACAGCAGGCAGCAGUGUCUCAUGACCUGAAGAGGUGGUGUCUGUCCCAGCUAAAGGACAUGGAGGUGCACGUCCCCGCCAAAACCAAGUACUACAAACUCCUCCCCUCACCAUCCGUGGAGCAGUGUGCGGGCGACACUGAGCUGGAGUCCCUCCCCCUGCUGUCUGUCAUUCCUGGAGACAGCAGCACCUCGCUGGCGACCUACGUCAACAUCCUACCGUCUAGAUCCUCUCACAGUCUGGAAAUCCUGGAACAGGAGCAGAACGGGGCGUAUUUUGAAAUGAAAGUGGACAGGUCACCAGAUGAUUAUGAAAACACAGCGCUGUUUCCUCUGCCUGCCCAGAACACCUCCGGCCUCCUGCUGGGCUCUGUGGAACCCCUCUGGCAGCCUCCGGGAGUGCAGGACGGUCCUGUAGCGCCGGCUCUGUGCAGGGGGGAGGGCUUUUCCACCAGCAGCAGCAGCUGGUCCAGCAUCAGCAACCAGGCACCCAGACUGAUCCAGCAUCAGGAUCAAAGCUCUGAAAUGAACCAGUUUGCAGGGCUAAUGAGCGGCCGCAGGCGUACAGGGAUCCAUGCGGAGGGAACCAGGACACUGGAGUUCUUUAUUGACCAUCCUGUAGAGCCCACAUUCAUCCAGGAGAGGAACAACCUCCAUGCCAAGGAGGUGACUCAGCGUUUCUUUGAGACCGUGUCCAUCCAGCUGGAGCGUUGGUACGAGAGGAAGGUCACGGAGGUGGAGCAGCAGACGGAGCUCAGAUCCCAGCAGGACAGGAAGGAGCUGCUGCAGCAAAUCAGCAUGCUGGAGGAGGAGCUUGCAAAGCUGAAGACCAAUGAGAACACAGAGACACUAGUGCAACUUGACAGUGAAUAAAAACUGGACAGAGA